CGACGUAUAGAUACUGCAUUGAUCAGACACACGCGCGCAGACACAUGCACACACACACGCACACACACACCGAGCCUCCCACUCCUUUCAUCAUUGAUUCGCUCUGCUCUGCUCUGCUCUGCUCUCUUUCUCCCCCCCUCUCCCUCUCUUUCUCUCAUUCUCUUCCUCCCUCUCUCUGAAUCUCUCUCUCCCCCUCUCUCUCUCUCUCUCUCUCUCUCUCUCUACAGCGGCACUUGUUGAAUUCAACCCUUGGAGAAUAGAGAGAGGGGAGAGAGAAACAGAGAGAGAUAAUGACAAGGAGGCAGAGGGAGGCUUUGAGACAGUGCUAGAACAGACAGUGAGCAGAGAGAAUGGGGCUUUGGAGGAUAUAGAAGAUAGAAGAUAGGCUGGGAAAGACAGACAGAGAAAAAGUCAGUCAGACAGCAGAGGGAAUCAUCUUUUGAGACAGUGGGAAUGACACUUUAAGUGAAAGAAAGAGUCGACCAGACGGAGUACAUCAGAGUGCUCUCCUUCCAUCUCUAACUAUUUCUCUUCUGUCCUGGUCCUGACUGCUGCUCCUGCUGCUGCUGCUGCUGUGUUUGUGUGUGUCUGAACCAGAAGACUGGCUUACACAGGUCAGAACUGUCUGGGAUAACAGUGGGCUCUCUUUUUUGUGCAUUUGUGCAUGUGUAAGAGACUGUUAGCAGGGGGAAAGUCAUAUGCUGGUUUCUCCAGAUGCCUCACUCAGUGGCAGAGUCUGCAGUGAAUAUCUGAAGCUCCAUCUUCCUAUCCCUUGCGGCCAACAUGUCCCAGCUGCUCCAUGUGGAGAUCCCGAACUUUGGAGCCACAGUUCUGGGCUCCCUUAAUGAGCAGCGCCUGCUGGGACACUACUGUGAUGUAUCCAUUCUGGUCAAAGGUCAGGCUUUCAAAGCCCACCGGGCCGUUUUGGCUGCCAGCAGCCUCUACUUUCGUGACCUCUUCAGCAGCUCUACCAAGACCCAGUUUGAGUUGCCUUCCUCAGUCACACCUGCUUGCUUUGAGCAGAUCCUCACUUUCUGCUAUACAGGGAAGCUAACAAUGGCAGCUAGUGAACAGCUGGUGGUCAUGUACACAGCUGGCUACCUCCAAAUUCAGCAUAUAGUUGAAAGAGGCAUGGACCUAAUGUUUAAGGCAAAUUCACCUCACUGUGACUCACAAACAGCAGGGUCCUUAGAAGAAACAGGAUCUGAGCCACAGAGUCCCUGUAAUAAUGGGAACGGCCUUGCAGUUGCCGCCCUUUUGGGGACCCCGGGCUGGUCUCCAUCCCUGCUCAUGCCGCAACGCAAGAUUAAACUCGAAGGGGGUGAUCCAACACCCCUGACAGUACCCUCAACACAAAGCAAGAUUUCGUCUUCGGAGCUGGGGAGUCGGCUGGCGAGGGCCGGAUCGCUGUUCUACACAACGGCCGGAGGGACCCCCAUCCCUGGGAUGCCUCCUUUCCACCUUCAAGUGGCCAGUGGAGGUGGAGCAGGAGGAGGAGCAGGCGGUGAAAGGUCCAGUCCUGGAGCGUCUAGUCUGCCCACCACUGACAGUCCAACGUCCUACCAGAACGAAGAUGAGGAAUUUGAGGAAGAGCCCUAUGAUGGGAUCACUGAGGAGGCCUACAGUCAUCUCUAUGGACGUUCAGCUAACCCCUAUGGAAUUCAGGACAAGCCAGAGAUGGCAGCGGUGCCCUUGGCCUUGGAGAACCGCAACUGCGUGUUGAUCCGCAGGGACCUGGUGGCGCUGCCUGCAAGCCUUAUAAGCCAGAUAGGCUACCGCUGCCACCCUAAGCUCUACACUGAGGGGGACCCUGGGGAGAAGCUGGAAUUGGUAGCUGGUACACAGGUGUUCAUGACUCGAGGCCAACUGAUGAACUGUCAUCUGUGUGCCGGAAUCAAACACAAAGUGUUGCUCCGCCGUCUGCUAGCGACGUUCUUUGAUAGAAACACUUUAGCCAAUAGCUGUGGGACAGGCAUCCGUUCCUCUACUAGUGACCCCAGUAGGAAACCCCUGGACAGCAGGGUCCUCAACGCUGUCAAACUCUACUGUCAAAAUUUCAACCCUAACUUCAAGGAGAGUGAAAUGAAUGUGAUUGCUGCUGACAUGUGCACAAAUGCGAGGCGUGUCCGCAAGCGAUGGCUGCCCAAGAUCAAGUCCAUGCUGCCCGAUGGAAUGGAGGUGUACCGUGCAGGGAUGGGCAUGGGUGCUGCUGUAGGUCUGGGCCUCGCUCUGAGUGCCCCUCAGUCAGGGGUUCCCCUUCCGUUUGAGCCUGACUUCAAGACCUUAGAGCAAAGGUUAUAUCCAGAUCGCAAGGACCCUCUCAGGACUCACCCACCGCUGACAGAAGGUAGCCCCGGGUCUGGGGCAGCUGGAGCAGAGCCCGAAGGUGAAGGUGAAGGAGUAGUCCAAGAGGAGCAUGAGGAAGAUGAAGAUGAAGGUGGGUUGGAGGGUGUAGACGGAUCACUGGGGGCGCCGACUUUGAUCCCGGGUGCCGAGGCGGGCAACUGUGGCGACACGCCACCUGAGCCGGAAGUGGAAAGUUUUGGACAAGGUCUGAGGGUGAACGGACAGUGAAUGUCCCUUUGGGCUGCCUCUCAUAUUGUGAAAUCUGUUUAACACCAUGUUUUCUUUUGCUUGCUCUCUUACUCUAACAUCUCGCCCACCACUCUUUCUUCUCCUCCGUGCUUCCUCAACAAGAGUUUUUCAGCACAAACAGCUGCACUCAUAGAUCUUACUAUACAGGAAUUUGUCACACAUGCAUGCGCACACGUGUGCUUGUGUAUUCGCAUAUUUACUGAUAGUGGAAGUAGAACACUGAUAGCAGGCACAGGCAUGGCAUUAGCACAUUCAGAACAUCAACCCUUUCUGCUCCACCCACUUUCCCAGUAUAGACAGUAUACACUCAGUAUUUCGGCACCCAAAGCAAUAUUACAAAGGCCCUAUAGCAGAACAAAUGGCUGUAAUGAUUCAUCAUUUCAGUGCAAUGCAAAAGCAACAGCUGCUUUGUUGGCAAUUUAUGGACUGUGGUAUAAUGGUUUGUAAAAUGAUUCCAUUUUCUUGGAAAGCAGCAUCUGAAAAUAACCCGUGCAACCUUGGGAAACGAAAGAUCAUAGACACAGCUCCCUAAAAAGAGCACUGUUUGCAAUGUCUGACCACUUUACAGUAAGUUACUGUAUAGUAAUUAUGUAUAAAUAUAUACAAAGAUUCUAUUACAGUUAAAGGUCAUGUACUGUAUUAGCAUCAAAAAGCAAAAUAGUUUUCCUCCUUGUCAAAUCAGCACAUCAGGUGCAUGAUAAAAAAUUCCAAAAUGGUCUUUCUGUGAAUACUAAAUACUUCUCCACAGUCCGGAAAAACAAAUCUAUCACAUGGAGUGGUUUUUUCAUCCAUAUUCGCCUGUGACAUAUCGGAUUAGAUUGUCAAUGCGAUGCCCGUGUCUGCUCCAGACCGCCACUCCCAUCCACACAUACAGACACACACACACACACACGUGCACACAUUUUCCACUCUGUGAUACUAGCCUUUAAUAUCCGCACCGAUGUAUUUAAAAUACACUCUCCACAAAAAAGAGAAAAAGACAAAAAAAGAAAUGUUACAACGCUGUUUAAAAACCUUUUAAAUGACAUCAUUCUGUCUUGGAGAUAACAGAGAGAGACAUGAACAAGAACAUGCACUAAAAUCCAAGCUUGCAUGCAUUAAUACAAACAAUGGAUAGAAAGAAUUAUUGUAAACAACAAACAAAGCCACAAACCUGCAUCUAAAUAAGAUAACAGCUACUGUUGCCUCGAAAUAUGCCAUUAAUACGCAAAAGGACUUUCUCCAGCGAGAUCUGACCUCAGUGGGAUCUGACCUCAGUCUGACACAUGUUAGAACUGACCUGGGUGUGACCCGGGAUUGACUGUGUUUAACACAGAAUCAAUUGGAAUUUCUGUUUUUUUUUCGUUUGCUUGGUUUUUUUUUUGUUUGUUUUUAUCUACUAUGGAGUGUGCUGUCACCACAAGUAGUGGAGACUGAAAUAUGUGGAAUAGUAAGAAGAAGUUCACUACACUGAGUGGUAGGAGAAAAAAGAGAGAGAGAGAAGCACUGUUCCACCUCCAUGUGGUGGAGAUAUGCACCAAGAGUACACAGUCCUGCUUCCAUCCUUGUUUUUGUUUGUUUGUUUGUUUGUUUGUUUGUUUUUGUGGGUGGGAGGGUGGGCAGGUGGGUAAGUUAUUGAAUAAAACUUAUAAGAGCAAUUUAUGCUGGCUUAUUGCAUUUGCACUUGAGAAGGUUAAAGGGUGGGAAACUGAGGAGUUUGGCAAAAUGGGCCUGGACUAAAAAAAGACUGCAGAUUUCCACCUCAUCACCCUGAUUCUUUCUCUGAUCGGGGGAUUGUGGGUUUGGAAAGAAACAACAGGUCUUUCUGACGAUGACUGUUUCUUUAAUUUUGUAAGGGGGAGUGAGGCCAGGUUGGACAGGGAUUUACACCUGUAUUUGUUUGAAGCAUUUUCUGUUUUUUAAAUAUCUGUUUUCAUGCUUUUUGCCACGCAUAGGACACAGUCUGGACAGCCUGUCUUUAUUGUUUCGUGCAUUGAUUUGAAAAGAUUCACUGUUGCUUUUCUGCAUUUUUUUUUUUUUUUUUUUGUAUUUCCCGAUCAGCAAUGAAAGCACAUUUAAUCACAAGACCAGGCCAUUAUUUUAAGUGAAUGAGCUGAAAGUUAUUUUAAGCCACCAACAUUUUGGAAACUGAAAAAUCAAAUUGAUCGUAUUUUUUCUGCUUCGGAAAGUGGUCGCAUAAAUUUAGAACUGGGGGGAAGUACAGCACUUGUAUAUGCCCCUUAUACAUGUGAUCUGUUUGCUGAUGCUUCACUGCUGUGCCACUUCAAAAGGUUGGGCCAGAUUAUUCUCUGUCUGUGCUCGAGGUGUCUUGUUUCGGGGGAAGCUUUAAGAUGGCCCUGCACAAGAAACACAGGGUUGUAAUUGCACUAGGUAAUAAUAAUGACGUUUACAGUAUCUUUUAAAAUUUCUUUUGGAAGAAAUGAGAUCUGCGAUAGAUCAAACACGGCUGUGAUGGAAUGGCUGAGAUGAUGGAUGAAUGUAAACUGUAGCACUGCUUUGGCGAGGGUCCAAGCCUUGAUUGAAUUUGGUAAAAUAUUGAAUCUCUUUUUUAUUUAUAUAUCUAUAUAUAUGACUCAGUUUUUUCAAUUGUAAAAUGGGCCAUAACAUCAAAUUGAUCUGACUGUGAGGCUGAGUGAUGUUCUUUAGCUGAAGCUUUAGUAAUACAGUGAUUUUUAAAGUGAUGUGAAAAGGUCUUCCAAUGUAAUGAACCGCGGGUAGCAUUUCGCUAAUAUGAGCAAAACUGAGUGAGGUUCAAGUACAGGCUUUUAUUUCUUUUCUUCUUUUUUUUUACUCUUUUUUUAUCUUUAUUUCAACAUGUGUUUCUAAUGUUGACUCACAAGGUUUGGCAAAUUUUAUCUUUAUAUCAUUUUUAAUUUAUUUAUCUUAACUUGCCCUUGUAUGAAAAUAAAGAAUUUCAGUUCUCUAUUGGACCCAAUAUCUUAAUUACUAAUCACUUCUGGUUUUGUCAAACCAAGCUGAGCCUUUUCAAAAUGGAUAUGUGUAUAUUUUGGAAUUUCACCGAAUGCACAGUUAUUACUUUAGAUUGCAAAAUAGCAAUCAAAUAUAUCUACCUGCCAUCCAAAAAUGUAAACCCCAAGUAUGCAUGUAAGCAGAUUCCUCUCUUUGUAUUUGCAUGUACUGGAAAUCUUUGCCUUACAAGGAGCUUUUUGAAUGAGCAGAACAUUGCAUAGCCAGUAAUUCUAUGAGAAUAUAUUUAAACAUCACAUCUAUCAGCUCUCAUUAAAACAAAGCAGUAAACAAUAUAGAGUGGGAAACAUUGAUGGAGUCUACUGUAAGAGGGUGUGGAGCAGUGCCUUAGACUGUGAAUGUGUGAGUGUGGGUGUGUAACAGAACUUCAUGUUUGGAGACAAAUGACACCAAGGACCUUCUCUAUAAUCAGAGAAUACAGACACUGACAAAUUUGUUACCUUAUUAACACUGUGACUCAAAAUUGUAAAAUUAGCCUCCAAAAACCUUAAAUAGUUCAAUUACCUAUUUUCUUAUUUUGUGUUUUAGAACAUAGAUUUUAAAAAAAAAAAACAAGUGUACUAGAUCACCAGCCAAAUUAAGCUAAAGUCAUUACAACAGAUUCAACAGUUACUCAACAACAACAACAUGGAUCCUUGGUUCUCCCUUGAUCUAUAUGAUUGACUUUAAAAAAAUAAAAGAAAAUCUGAUAUAUGAUAAUUCUUCCAGUCAGACCUGUUCAUCCACUUGAUCACAUUAAGGUUGAAGUUAUUUAAGGUGUCUGUCUUAUAAAACAUCAGCUUUUACCAGCUUGUUCACUUUUUCUGCCAAACGUCAAACUAUGUCUGACUCCCGGACGACAACCAGUCGUUUUAGAUCGCUUACGGUAUUUUCUUUUUUUUUUUCUUGUGCAGGGUAAAUUGAACGAUGUUGCACUAUAAACUGAGAAAUUCUCAGAGAAUGUCAUGGCUAACCCUUUGGAGGAUGCGCUCUAUUUGAGGUGGCUGAAAGAGAAAAUCCUGGAAAAUGUAUGGAAUAAUAUGUGUUUUACACAUUUUUUUAAAUUCAAACUCAUUUACUUACUUACCGGGAUGAGAAUGACAAAAUAAGAAUAGAAUGGGGUUGUUACUUGAAAAAGAAGUUAUUUUCACAAACAUUUGGUUGCAAAUAAAUUUUUCCAUAUUUUAUAACAAUAAAAACUUUACACAGUGCUCUGUUCACCCCCCAUUACUGUAAACCUAAUGGGCACAAUGUUUUUUUUGUUCUGUUGAAUGGGUUUAUUUUCCUGAAAACAAUACAUUUAUAUGCAAAUAGACACUUGUAUCAUAAAAAUGCAUGCCAUUCAGACACUCACCCGUAACCCGAUGAAACCUCUGAUCUUUAUGCACCAUGUAUUUUAUGCUGAACAACUGUUGUCACUGUUAGCAAACAAAGACCGAGGAGUCUUGCAGUGAGCGGGGCUGUAUUUUUAAUAUACACCCUGGCCUUUCGUUGAAUGUUUGCAUAAUCUCCUGUAAUGACGACAGCGAAGUAGUGAUAAAGAGCGGAAUACAUCGACUUAACUACCCAGUUGAGUGUGCAUUUGAACCUUCAGCAGACUCAGAAAAAAAAAUGCACUAAAAGUUUGUACGUGUAUGUAUGUGUCCUUGAACAUAAUGCCAGCACUUUAGAACUACUUUGAAAAAUGAGAAAGAAAAACAUCAAGAGUGACCAAGGGUUUAGCAAAUGAGGGGUAAAUGCAACUUUUAAAGCCAUGUGUUCAGAGCGCUGACAAUCAGAUAAUGGAUGAGACCCAAAGUGCACUAUGGGAGAUAUGACAUGACUUGCUGUGCUCUUGCUAUUUGCUUUGUCUUUCUCCUGCUUGCUUUGGUCUGUACAAGCUUGCUCUCCAGAGCGGAGGGACACGGUGAUGUUAACUCCAGGCUUCUUGGUUAUAAGUGUGUGUCUUUGUAACAACGACUGACUCAUACCUUGGUGCUUCGUGAACAGAGCAACCAUGUUGACAUGGACCAUAUCUGUCAUGCUCUGGCAAGCAUGGGCCAAACUCGGUCCUCAGUCCGGGCUCAUUGGUAACCUCUUGAUGGACAACAAUGCAAAUGGUAAAAAAAGAGGAUCUUAUCAUGCAACUCUACACUUUGAUCAUGGUAAUGUUCUUCACUAUCAACAGGGCUUGGACCAGGCAAACUGGGAUGGGACAAUUUCAGUGUUGAUACCGCUUUAUGUUUCAAUUGAAAAAUGUUAAAAUGUUUAUGCGCCUUCUGACUCAAGCAUCAAUAAUAUAUACAACAGAAAUGCAAGUUGCCACUUUUGAUGUUGCAUACAAAUCUACCUUUCAUUCCCAUCAUGGUAUUUGCCAUCACCAGUUUAAAGUUGUAUAGUCCAAGAGUACCUGAUUUCUUUAAAUGCAAUACAGAAAAAUCUGCUUUCUAAUAAAAGUCCUUAUGUCACCAUA